AUGAGCAGCGAUAUUCGACCGUUAGAGACUCUCUCUCCAACAGAAACCCUAGAAAUCGAGAAUGGACUCUCACUAGUUCCGCGCGUGAAGCUCAACCUCACAGUCCACCCUUCACUUCCAUCCUCAGCAACAAAACCAAUCGACGAAUGGAAGCUAAAGCGAUCUCUCAUCUACUUUGCAAAGACUUCUCUAUCUGUCACCGUCCCCGAAGAUGACCUCGACAUCAGACGGUUCAAGGAUGUCAAGAAGCGAAAGCGGGAUGAUCCGGUAGCACAUGGUAGUCUAAGCAUUCGUGACCUAGGGUUUUUAAAUAGUAAAAAGAGAAAUGAAGAGGAAAGUGAGGAUUUAAAGGUUUUGGAGAAGAAGUUUCUAGAUUGGAGAAAAAAUGUCGUGGAAAAAAUGGAUCAAAUGGAGGUGAAUUUACAAGGGGAGAAGUAUAAGCUUAGUGUGUCUAUACCGGAGUCUGAUGAUUUUGAAGGAAUGAAGAAAUUGUGGGAGGAAUUUUAUGCUUUUGCAAAUAAGGGGUAUGUAAGAGGAGGGAGGCAAGAGCCGGAUACGAUUGUGAUGAAAGGAGUUCCUUCUCGGUGGUUUGCAGAGCCUAGGGUUUCGUCGAAGCCUUCUAUGUUAGUUACACAUACAAUUUUUUCUACAUUUGGGAAGAUAAGGAAUCUUAAUGUUGCCGAGGAUGAUGAUCAAGAUAAGGAUGCAGAGGAGACUGGUGGGGACAUAAUUUCAGGCCUCCAAUGCAAGAUUGUGGUUCAGUUUGAGAAGCAUAGGGACUUCUAUAAUGCUUUUAAGGUCUUAUGUGGGCGCUCAUUACAGAAGCAAGGAUCUCCAUUGAAGGCUGAUUAUGAGGUCACCUGGGCUAAGGAUGGCUUCUUCCGGAAUUCAAGAAGUCAAGCACAAGAAUAUAGUAGAGUGCCAGCAGCAAGGGGGCACUACAGGAAUGAAGUUCCCAGACGUGAACCUCACACGUCUCAAUUCACUGCUGAUGAUACACGCCGGAAGAGGUUCAAGGCGAGCUUCGCCAGCCAUGCCACCAUUUUUACACCAUUUUCGGCUCGAGAACAUAUCAUCCCUAUAGCCUUCACAGGCCCAUUUCUAAAUUUAAAGUCCAUUAAAAUCUACAAGAAGAAGCUAGUCAAAGUCCUGAAACCCAAAUGCCCAAUUUCUUUGUCACUAGCGGACGACAGAUGCGGGUGCUAUGGCAAUAAAUCAACCCAAGUGGUCCAGUCAAUCCAAGAAACCCUUUUCCAUCUGAAUCACGACAGGUAA